AUGAGUUCGAAAAGGGUCGCCAAGGAGAGGAAGUCGACAAGGUUCGUAUACGGUCCGAUUCGGGCUGCAGCCCGAGCCUGGGAUUCAUAUGUAAAAUCCCUUGCGGGUAUGACAUGGUCCGUACCCCACGUCAGCACCAUGGGCUGCCCUAUGUCGCAUUUCUCAAGCGUGGAUGCAGAGCACAGAAGCGUGGACGAUGAAAUGAGGGCUGCGAUGAGACUCGCCACCACCCGCCGCCACGCUGUAAAAUCCGGGCGCCAGCGAAAGCAAUGCGUGGUGCCUCUGGGCGGCAACUCGGUUGCAUUUGGGAGGAUUGAUGAGGACAGAGAGUGCUGA